AUGCGUCGAACCCGCAGAAAAAGAUCAUCGUCGCAAUUCAAAAUUAUGCCGGAUACCCAGAAUAUCAACGCGUGGAUGGGUUAUUGUGGUGGCACGGAUCCUUAUUGCCAGCAAGGUUGCACGUCAACGUGCGGAAAUUACACAUACAUGACGGGAAUCGAGAAUGCGCGCGGGAACGAAUCUGCGAAUGAGGUUGUUGAGAAGACCGGGACCAGAGAACAAGAGGUUGAGAUCAACCAAUCCCGAGUGGGACAACGAGCAGUCCAGGAAGCCAUGAGAAAGGUACAAGAGGGACCCGUUCCUGCAAAGACACAAGGUCUUCUGUCGCUGCAUCGAGAAUUGCUGCAAAGCCGGGGACCUACCACGACAGGUGCGAGUAGCACAAAUGCUGCUAUCGUGACUGCUUCAUCCACGGUCGCUGCAAGUGACGAAAAGAAGAUUUCGAACGCCAGGCGGCUGCAGAACAUGGUGAGUUCAACCACCGCACAUGUCAUCGCAGACGGAGACGACGGGGAUGCAGAGGACUAG